UUCAUGAAAAACCUAUGCCAACAUCCAAAACCAAACAAAAAUCGGCGCAGGUGGUUCCGUAACAUGCCGUGAGUGACCGCGAUACUAGGAGAAACCAACCCUUCAUCCCACCUUCGAUUUUCCAAUUACUGAUAUUCAAUUUUUUUUGUCAUAUCUAGGUUGUUUCCCUUUUUCCUCAAAACCCUAGUUUUCAUGUAAAAAUACCUACCUUUUUCAACGUUGCAAUGGGUGAUGAUAAUGCCCUCAAGUUACUCUUUGAUGUUUCCAACUCCAAUACCUUAGAAAACUCCUUAGAUAUUCUCAUUCAAACCGCCAAGUCUGAUUCUGGACGUUCCAACCUCGCUUCCAAAAGAAUCCUCCCUGCAGUUCUCACUAUACUUCAAUCACAAACCCUUCUUAUAGAUUACAAUAUUCUAUCCUUGUGUUUCAAGCUCCUCAGAAACCUCUGUGCUGGUGAUCUUGUGAAUCAGAAUUUGUUUCUUGAGUUUGAUGGGGUUGUUAUUGUUGUUUCGAGGAUUUUGAGGUUGGAGGAUGGUUCUGAUCCCAUGUUGGUGAGAUGGGGUUUGCAGGUUCUGGCAAAUGUUUGUUUGGCUGGGAAACAGCAUCAGAGGGCUGUUUGGGAAGAGUUGUUUCCACUUGGUUUUGUGUCGCUUGCGAGACUUGGAAGUAAGGAAGUAUGUGAUCCGCUGUGUAUGGUGAUUUAUACGUGUUGUGAUGGAAAUCCAGAAUUGUUUGGAGAGCUCUGUAGCGAUAGUGGUUGGCCAGUAGUGGUAGAAUUAGUGAGAACUGCUUCUUCGGCUAGUUUUGGCGAGGAUUGGAUAAAGUUGAUUCUCUCAAGAAUUUGUCUUGAAGAAUCUCAAUUGCCUGAAUUGUUUUCUAAAUUACGGCUUAAGGAUAUUCACGAGGGUGAAGAUGGUGAUUCAAAAGAUGAUGAGUUUUCAUCUGAACAAGCGUUUCUUCUGCAAAUCCUAUCAGAAAUUUUGAAUGAGCGAAUCGAAGAUGUUACUGUUUCGAAGGAUGUUGCGUUGUUUGUUUAUGGAAUAUUCAAGAAAUCUACGGGGGUUCUUGAGCAUGCAGUGAGAGGCAAGUCUGGUCUUCCGACUGGCAUUACUGCAGUGGACGUUCUUGGCUACUCGCUUACUAUAUUGAGGGACAUCUGUGCUCGUGAUAGUGCAAAAGGUAACGCAGAGGAUGCAAAUGAUGUUGUCGAUGUGUUGUUGUCAAAUGGUCUCAUUGAGUUGGUUUUGAUUGUGCUUGGGGACCUUGAACCUCCAGCAAUAAUCAGAAAAGGAAUAAAACAAUCUGAGAAUCAAGAUGGUGCUAGUUCUUCCUCGAAACCAUGCCCUUACAAGGGUUUUAGGAGAGACAUAGUUGCACUUAUUGGUAAUUGUGUGUAUAAAAGGAAGCAUGCACAAGACGAACUGCGGAAUAAGAAUGGAGUUCUAUUGCUAUUGCAACAAUGUGUUACCGAUGAAGAUAAUCCUUUCCUGAGAGAAUGGGGCAUAUGGUCAGUCAGGAAUAUGUUGGAGGGAAAUGAGGAGAAUCAAAAGGUAGUUUCUGAAUUGCAGCUGCAGGGAUCUGCUGAUAUGCCCGAAAUUUCUGCACUUGGUCUUCGAGUCGAGGUUGAUCAAAAUACUCGGCGUGCAAAGCUUGUAAAUGUCUCUUGAAGUAAUACUAUAAUUUUUUUUUUGUUUUUUUUAAUUCCAAAGAACUUUCAUUAAAUUAAGGAUAAUCUUCCUUAAAAUCAUUUUGCUUAACUGUCUUCGGUUUCCGAUCUUGGUUAAGUUCAUUUGAAUUGUUCUGUCUUUUCAAAUACUAAGCUACAUAAAUACCUCAACAUUUCCAGUAUUUUGAACUAUUUUGUAAAAUGCAGCUUUUUCAUUUUGUUAAGAGUUCCUUCGGUGAACUGUAUUCAAGAACCUCUCCAGCAUCUAACAAUAGAAUCUGAUUGCAAUUGAUAAUUGUGUUCAAUCUAUGUAAUGAUGAGCAUUGUGCAGGAAUGAAAUUCUUGUCUGAUAGUUUUCUGUAUACGAGCAUGAGCAUCUGUUAUAACAUCGACAGCAGCAGUAGCUUCAUCAAGAAUAAUAGCUGCAUUUGUCCAACACUGAAAUUGUCUCCUAAGACCAAAUGAAUUUCUUCUUAUAACAUUCUUCAAAUGUGCUCUUUCCAAAGCUUUCAUUAGGCCAGCAUCAUUGUUGAAAGUAGUUGCCAAACUUACCCCAGAAACAUAUUCAGCAAAUUAAAAGCAUUGAUAUCAAUGUGUCCUGUGUGUUUUGGACGGGAUUCGUCUGAAAGAAUUCCAUUGGAGCGUGUAUAAUUUUAUUGGAGCGUGUAUAAUUUUAUCUAGCAUCGAGAUACUGCUAAUAUUGACUCCCCUUUCUCCAAUCUCUGUAAAAUUGUGUUCAGGUAAAAUCGUGGCACCUCAGCAUCGACACCCAAACCGCUAAACUAUAACUAAAUCUUGGUUUUAUAUGUAUGUUACACAAAAUUGUACCCAGUCUUUACAUGAUUGAAUUUCAAGUUGAGAUUUUUCCAAAAGUCAAAUAGAAUAUAAAAUGUCAGAUUUCAUGAUAGUGUUUUAUGUUCUUGUCAAUUCUUGCGACAAUAUAGCAAGCGGCUUCGGAUGGAGAAGGCAAA